AAUGGCCAAUAAGCCAAUGGAAGCUUUACCAGCCAGUGUGGAGGAGUGGGCUUUCUACCACUGCCACAAGGAGGUGAUGGCCCUCUUUAUCCAGGAUGCCAGCGACUCUACCAUCCAUAGCAACACGAUCCUGAAGCCUAAUUUCAGCCUGUACUACCUGGACCAGUUAGUGAAGGCACUGAACUCACUUUACCUCACCCACCUCACGCUUCCCAUCCUCCAGUUUGCUGUGGUGAUUUCUGACCUAAUUAUAGAAAGUAAAACUGUCUCCGACCUCUACCACCUCAGGCUGGCUCUGGCCUGCACUGAGUUACGGCUAUCAGAAGCAGCAGCUUACCAUGAGGAAAUUGUAGGAGGGGUCUACAUCAAUGAACUGGAGCAAGCCAGUUGUAGAAAUGAAGUGAGAUCAAGGAAAGAGAAAAUGAGUGAAUUUCUGAAAGAAGUGGCCAAUGACGAGAAUAGGCCCAGGAAGCAGAGUGCACCUGCACCUGUAGUUCUAGAGGCCAAGGACAAGGUUUUAGAGAUCAAGGAGCAGACAGGGAAAGGACUCCAGGGUAUUUCCUUCCCGUACCUGUGGAUGUACAAGGCUGAAGUGCUUCUCCAGAUGGACUUGUAUCAACCUGCGUGGCUGCUCCUUGCCGAAGCCCAGGUCGCUUUUCGGGAUCUCAAGGAUGUGUGUGCAGAGGCAAAGAGCCUAUACCUUCUAGCUGAACUUGCAAAGAAAGAAUUAAAAUAUGAACAGGCCAAGAAAAUGAUUGAGAAGGCCCAGGUCCUGGGAGGAAGUGAAGAAUUCUGGUAUUACUCAACAAUAGCACUGAUUGAGACCCUCUUGGCACAAGAAAGAGGAAGAGAAUCUCUAAUUCCUAACAUUAUCCAGAAGACAAUCGAUGUUUUCCUCUCUCUGAUCCAAGAAAGACCUAACAGGAAGCCCACCCUGAAGUUCUUAGCCACAUCUCUGGAAGCCAGAGGUGCAGAAAUUCAGCUGAACAUUGUCUUGGACUCAGCUGGAGAUGAUCCUUUGGACUUUUCAUACUUGCUAGAGGCUAUCAACUACAGGCUGAUACAAAUCGAGAAAACUUUUUUUGAUGGUGGUUAUAAAGACCACUGUGUGGAUCUAAUCCUCCAAUCUGCGAAGAUCAAUAGGUUAUUUGCCAAAUAUGAGGCUGAUGACAAAACAAAGGUCGGCUAUUAUUUAGAAGCCUAUAACUUGACCCAGAAAGCUAUUAUGUAUCUGGAAGAAAUAUUUUAUAACGUUCAGUCCUUGCUGCCUCUUACUGAGACCCAGAACAUCAGCACUCCCCUGAUGAGGAAGCUUGCCAAGGUCAAGUUAAAACUGGCUGAACUCUCUCUGGACAUAAUUCAGUAUAAUCAGGAAAAAGCUCUGCAGGAAGAAAUGAGAAAAGGGACAUGGGAAAAAAUCCUGGCUGACUACCUGUUGGAUACCAAUGACUUCACCAAACGGGAAUGGGACUGGUUCAACCUGAAGCGGACUGUGGCCCACAGAACUCUGGCCCAUUUGGAGAGCAUGCAGCCCUUCUGCAUUGGCUGCAUUGAUCUUCGAGCAAAAUUCUUGUACUUCACGGGGAAAACCCUCCACCUGCUGGCUCUUCAGGUUGACCCUGUUCAUUUGGCUCAUUACUGGGAUGAAAACUUCUUGCCAAGCGGACUGGGAGCAAUGUUUGAGCAGCUGCAGUGGGUUCUUCUUCUAUGGCAUGGAGAACUUGUUGUCUCACGUGCUUAUAGAUAGUCUGAUCACCAUGAACUUGCAAGAAUGCCAGAUGAUAAUUCUACUGAACUUGACACAUACAGUGUAUAGCAACCGGAGGCAGGCCAAGUUCGACGAAAUCCAGAGGCCUUCCCAGCUAUUGUUGCACAAACCAGUGGACACGGCCAUCCUGCUAAGCCUCAUUGGGGUUCGUUGUGUGAUGAGCAACCAAUGGCCCACAUAUUUGUAUUUCAAUGCCAAGAGGGCAGACAUCCUGUGCGAGGACUUGCUAAGAAUCGGAAAGCCAAGUGGGAAAGCCAUCUACCAUCUCCUGAGGCCAGACUUAAUUGAAACCAUUAGGAAUGAAGGCUCUCCUAAAAUAUCUGGAGAAAAAGUCUUAGACCAGAGAGCCUCAGCGAUCGCCGACAAAGUCAUUUUUGUGCCAUCAUGGGCAAAUGUCAACUUUGUGCUUUUUGGACUCCCCAACCUCUUCAUUGUCUAAGCCUGCCUUGACCCCAUGGCUGGAAGCCCAGGUCCCAGAUCAACACCUGCAGCUCCACCACUUUCCUUUGAAAAGGGGUCUGUGUGCCCUUCCUGAAAUGGGACUCAGCUGCCUCAUCUUCCACUCUUCCUUCUUGGAACCACCACUGGCCCACUCCUCCUCUGACCCAGCUGCUCCAGUUUCCAGAAGGCUGCCCAUGGGGUCUGGCUCCAGUUCCAGCCCUUGGGGCCGCUGCCGAUGCAGUCACUGAGCCACAGAUCUGCCCCUGGCAUCUGCCAGGCCACUUCCUGCUGCGGCCCCAGCAGCAAUGCUUAGUGUGGGGGCCCAAGGAGCACUCUGGGGCCUUGGGAUGGAGGAGGCCUUUACAAACAUCAGACUUCUGGCAGUCACAGCAGGUCAGGAUGGGCGGGGGCAGGGUGAGAUAGGAGGGAGGGCUGCAGAGUGAAGAUGUCCCUGUGAGAAAAACAGAGAGGUGGAACACAAGGCCCUGGGAGCUGGGAGCAGAGGCCUUGUCUCCUAGACGCAGAGGGAAGGUGACCACGGUCUCGUGCCCCCUGAGGCUUUCCCAGGUUGAGCUCCCCAGGUUUCUGCAGCUCAUCUCUUCUUCCCACCGUCUUCCCCACAUUCUGAUGCUUUUCAUCCAGCCAAGGCAGGAAGAAAUCUGCAUUU